AAUACUCUAAUAUUAUACCCCAAAUACCAAAGUAUUUAUACUGAAAUCGCUGGCUUUGGCUUUAUCUCGAAUAAAUUGUGAUGCUGUGGAAGGGACUGUGGCUGUCUUUGCCAGCAGGUGUCUCUACAGAAGGACGCUGUCUCUCCAGAGAGAUGCUGUGCUGCCAGCCGACCUGAGGGCAUCUCUUGCCUGUUGCACCUGCUCCUCCUCCCUGCAGGUCGCUUUUCACAAACGCCAACAUUUCUUAACAGGGGAAAAAAGGCGACCCGGGCCUAGUGACUGCUGUGAGAGACGGGUCGGAGCAGCCGCUCCGCGCCCCUCAUGCGGCUCCGCCCUGCGCCGGCGAGGGGCGGGGAAGGGAGAGGAAGGGAAGGGGAGGGAAUGGAAAAGAGAGGAAGGGGAGGGAAGGGGCGGCCUUGCCGGCAGCUCUGUGUCUGCGCUGGGCGAGCGGCAGCGGCUGGGCGCUACCCCGCGGCGGUGCCAUGGGGGCGCCCGGCGUGAAGGCGGUGUUCUUCGACCUGGACAACACGCUGGUCGACACGGCGGCGGCCGGGCGCCGCGCCAUCGAGGAGGUGGUGAAGGCGCUGCGGUGCCGGCACCGCUGCGGGGAGGGCCAGGCCCGCGACAUCUGCGAGAAGGUGCAGGCGAAGCUGCUGAAGGAGUGCCACGACCCCGCCAGGACGUGCAUCACCGAGCUGCGGAUCUCGCACUGGGAGGAGGCGAUCCAGGAAACCAUCGGGGGGGAGGCGAACCGCAGCCUGGCCGCCGAGUGCUACUUCUUGUGGAAAACCACCCGGCUCCGGCACCUCACCCUGGCCGAGGAGACGCGAGGCAUGCUGAUGGAGCUGCGCAAGGCCGUCCGCCUGCUCCUCCUGACCAACGGGGACCGGCAGACGCAGAGGGAGAAGAUUGAAGCCUGUGCCUGCCAGCCCUACUUCGAUGCCAUCGUUGUGGGAGGAGAGCAGAAGGAGGAGAAGCCGGCGCCGUCCAUAUUUCGUUACUGUUGCGACCUCCUGGGGGUGCAGCCCGCGGAGUGCGUCAUGGUCGGUGACUCUCUCGACACAGAUAUUCAAGGAGGCCUCAACGCUGGCCUGAAGGCGACUGUCUGGCUAAACAAAACGAUGGCAACCCCCGCAGAUAGCUCCCCGGUACCUCACUACGUCAUUUCUUCUGUUCUCGACCUUCCGGCAGUUUUACAGAAGAUGGAGCACAAAAUUAAUGCCAAGUUAGGAAAUGACCAUACGGUUAGUAGUAGUGAGGCACACUGACAGCUCUGGCAUGUGGUCGGAGAAACACUGAGCUGUUGACCCAUCCUCAUGUUAAAAAUUUGACCCUAGGAUUUUAAACUCAUGUAUGUUAUGCUUUCUUAUACAGCAGGUGGGCGAGUAAGAGCACAGCUGUCAGUGAAACAGGAUAGAAACAAGAGUAUUAGAUUAAUAUAAAGGACGCAAGUGCAGUUAAUUUAAGAUAACUGCCUGUAUCUGAAAAUUAUUUUGGCAGAUGGGCUAAAACAUACUUGUCUCUGACCAAAGUUCCUAGUCCCUUGUUUUCAUACUGGACAAGAAAAUUUGGAUGUUGUGACCUUUCACAUGCCUUGCUGACUUGUAAGUUCAGCAGAAACUUUGGUUCAAGCCUUGCUUGCAGUGUGGAAAACAUGAAAGCGAGAGUGUUGUACAAGCUAGUAAAAGUUCUCAAUUGAUCUGCAGCUUAUUUCAGAAACUGAAGUGACCUUUGCUAUUUCUAAAACCAGAAUUUAUUGACAGAAUUUAUUAUGUAGCAGAUUACUAGGAAACAAUCACCUCUGAUCCCUUUUCAAGUUUAAGUUUUCAAGUUUUAGCAUUUUUUUCAGAAUUUGCAGUGACUUUUCAUUUACAGAAUCAGUACCUCUUGCCAAAAAUAUUUAAAUGUACAUAAAACUUGUAUUUGUAAAGGGGACCAUUUAUCAGAGGGACUUCAUGGAUACGGUUUUACUUCAUAUUAUCAUGGUGCUUAUACAAAUAGGCAGUAUAUGUGUAAUUCAGAUCAUAAGACAAGUUUUUGUUAGAAUGUAAUUGGUAUAAUGGAUAUUUUCAAUGAUCUUACUGUACUGUCAAGCUCUUUAACAGCUCAUAUUGUUGUGCUGUCUGAUUUUAUUAGUUAAUUUCUAUCAGACUCCUUGGAGAAACUGUUCUUGGUCUUGCUCAGGUAGAUGACUGCUCAGAGUCAACUGCAGGAUCAGUGAUUUUUUUUUUGUCUGUUUUAAUAGCAAGCACUGCUAUACAAUCCCUCCUUAAUCCAGUUUCUACAUGUAUGUCAUGUGAUUUACUCUGGAGGAAGUAUGACUUAGUUGUUUGUAAAUGAUUUUCAUAACUCUCUUCCAGGAUCUUGGAAAAUGAUAUGUAUGACAGUAAGGUAUACAGUUUCAUAAAGUGUAUGUGCUAUUUGUUCCACUAGGUGCAUCUAGUGGAACAUCUAAAACUAUAUGUUUUAGAGAUGACCCUGUAAAACACUGACAUUUCUCUUUCCCAGAUUAUUACCUUAAUAACUUAAUUUUGUUGUACUUCUUAUUUAUACUACAAAACAGAUGAGAAAAUUUUCCUCAAAUACACAUGUAUUAAAUGGAAAUGUACACACUUGGAAAACCUGCCUUUUUCAAAACCUAUUUGCUAUAUAUAAAUAGGGCUGAAUAUCUGAUAACAUGUGAGUAAACUUCAUAUUGUAGAAUAAAGUUAUGACAAAUCUUUCAAGAACAGGAAUAUUGAGGAGCUGGCAGAAGAUAGCCUGGCACGUUGGCUAUAAAGAAAGGUCAGCAAAGAGUACCGAACCCUACCAGAAAAAGGGUAAGUGGAAGGAAUCGUGUAUACAAGAACAAUAAACAACUUUACAUGAAUUUAAAUUGAUGUAAUUAAGAAAGCUUCACAAAGAGUGACAGAUUCAGUUUAGAGGAGGGUAUUAUUAAUCUGGGUUAAAUUACUUGGCAAAGGGCUUCAUCAUAACAUUUCUCCUACAUCCAAGUAGAUGGAAGUAUUCAUACAAGUUUGAAACCCUGUCAUCAAAUUAAUCCUUAAAAAGGGUAGAGCCAUCCAUGUCCUUCAUGUUGUUGAGCCAAGACCUUUGAGACACUAGGAUCAUUGAGGAGAACAGAGGCAGGCUCCACCCGUACCUAUGAGGAAAUGGGCAUGACCCACAAGUGAUCCAAUUACAGUGACAGGGUGAGUGGCCAGAUGUAGUAUGAGACAGCAGGACUGACUGGACACACCUUUGAUACUGAAGGAAGAGGCCUAAGUUAAGAUUUUAUUUUCUCUUUGGGAGAGUAUGAAAACAGUCACUGUUGUUUAGCUGAUGAGCAAAACAUUGCUGAUAAGAUUUCUUGUAACUUAAAAUUGAGAGGAGAAAAAAUAAUGAAGAUCUUGAAUCCUGUCAGGAAUAUUAAUUAAAAGUAGAAAUGUAUCCAAAAGGUUAGAUGGAUCCCCGAAAAGAUAACUUAGAUAAAGCCAUCUGUUAUAACCAUACUGUCUGAUACAAAAGCAAUAACUUUGUUUACAACAGCAUCCGAAAGUACUGACAGUAUAACUCCAUUGUUUGCACAGCAUCAGGCUAAUAGAACUGGGGUCAGAAUGAUGUUUCUGACACAGCUGUGAUUUAAAAUAAAUAUGAAUAAUUCACAAUUCUGUCUAUGGACUUGAAGGAUGUGCAUACCAGGUUACCAUUUUCUAAUGUAAGUUGAGGUUUAUAUUCUCUUGCCAUUGCAUCAUUCUAGGAUGCUUCUAUGAAUGAGCCCGCUCGUUGUAUGAAAGGUCUCUCGUUUUAGAAGAGUCUGUUCCGUGUUUUGCACUUGGCCAGUUAUUUCCUUAUAUCUACAAUCUAUGAAAAAAAAUGCUGUAGCUGAAUGCUCAGGUGAUAGUGUGGUCUGCAAAGGCCACACCUAAGUACACUUUUUUCCAUUGCUGAGAACUCUACCAGGCUGGAUGUGACUACUGGUUUCCAGUCAGGGCGAUAUUAUUAUGGUGCUGCUAUAAAACAAGAAGACACAAUGUGAGAGACUUCUCCACUGGGAGUCUUCUUAGAAGUAAUUACCAAAAAAACUGGACUACAUAGUUGGAAUAACUCUAAAUGCACAAAAUGGUUUUCUUGGAUGGAGGUAUUAGAGAAAACCAAGAGAAGAUAAUUUUACUUAUGGAAAUGGGAAAAUUAAUAAUAGGAUCAUUUUCAGAUCAGAAGCAGAAAUAGAUCAAUAAAACAGUCUGUAUUCAGUUCCAGUUAAGUUCUGGUUUUGCUUAGUGAUAUGCUGUAUUAGAUAAUUUAUCUAGUUUAAAUUAUAUUGCCAAAACACACUAAAUAAAAAAGAGAAAAAGAAAUUCCAUCUAUAUUUUUAAACACCUUUUUUUCAGAUAAAUUUUAUCUACCGAGGUUGAUCUUCAGUAACUUUGACUUUAGUUAAAUGAACUGUAACAAAAGUGUAAUACCAACUGUAUUUUAAUUCUUGAUUUAAAAUAAUCUGUGUACUAGUCUAAUAAAAGUAUUUUGUUUAUAAAAUA